GAUCUACACACAUCGCAGUCCUUAAACACUUUCUCUAAUUUCAAAAAAAGAAAAAAAAUGUCAGGGCGCGGAAAGGGAGGGAAGGGAUUGGGAAAGGGAGGAGCCAAGAGGCACAGGAAGGUCCUCCGAGACAACAUCCAGGGGAUCACCAAGCCGGCGAUCCGUCGUCUAGCGAGGAGAGGCGGCGUGAAGCGUAUCAGCGGUUUGAUCUACGAGGAGACACGCGGCGUUCUCAAGAUCUUCCUCGAGAAUGUGAUCCGUGACGCCGUUACUUACACCGAGCACGCUCGCAGGAAGACGGUGACGGCGAUGGAUGUUGUGUACGCGUUGAAGAGGCAGGGGAGGACUCUGUACGGUUUCGGCGGCUGAAGGGGAGGGGGGAUGGAAUCGGAGUUUGUAAAUCGCGUUUGCGUUUUAGGGUUUGGUAGGUUAAGAUGUCUCUUAAGCUGUCUUUUAGGAUUGCGUUUGAAUGUUUAAAAGAAAAAUGCUAAGAAUGUUUUUAAUUGAAUGAAAAAAGCUUUUAUCUGUUUA